CGACUUCAGGACGGCCGACGCCGACGUCAACACGGACCAGGACAUCGAGCGCAGCCUGGACAAAAUGAUGUCUGAGAGGGCUCUGCUAAAGGAGCGUUACCAGGAGGUGCUGGACAAGCAGAGGCAAGUGGAGAACCAGCUGCAGGUGCAGCUGAAGCAGCUGCAGCAGCGGAGGGAAGAGGAGAUGAAGAACCACCAGGAGAUUUUGAAAGCCAUUCAGGAUGUGACCAUCAAGCGAGAAGAGACAAAGAAGAAGAUGGAGAAAGAAAAGAAGGAAUUCCUGCAGAAGGAGCAGGAUCUGAAGGCAGAGAUUGAGAAACUCUGUGAGAAGGGCAGAAGGUUGCUGAAAGAACAGGAGGAAAAGGAGCACAAGAUUGCUUCUCUGAUCGCAGAGCAGUCCGAUGAGAAGCAGCUCUGGGAGAUGGAGCUGGACAAGCUGAAGAACCAGCACAACGAAAUCAACAGGAACAUUCUCGAGGAGACAGAGCGCGCCUGGAAAGCGGAGAUCCUGUCCCUGGAGAGCCGAAAGGAGCUGCUGGUGCUGAAACUAGAGGAAGCAGAAAAAGAAGCAGAGCUGCACCUCACUUACCUCAAGUCUGCGCCUCCCACACUGGAGACCAUGAGGCCCAAACAGGAGUGGGAGAUGAGGCUGAACAGGAUACGAAUGACCAAGGAAAGCGUCCGAGAUCAGUUCAACGACCACAUCCAGAUGGUGAGAAACGGAACGAAGCUGAGCAGCCUCCCCCAGAUCCCCACGCCGACGCUGCCGCCUCCGCCUUCUCAGACAGAUUUCAUGUUGACGGCAUUCCAGCCCAGCCCCUCCCUAUCGCCCCGGCUCCCGUUCCCCAUCGGACCAGUUCCCGUCCCCAUGGUCAUGCCAAGCGCUGAUCCGCGGGCGCUCUCCUUCCCGCUUCUGAACCCGGCCAUCUCCAGAGCUAACCAGCCUUCCCCGCCGCUGCCUGCCUCCCAAGGAAGGAACAGCCCCGUGGUGGCCUCGCUUAUCGGCACGCACAGUCCCCACAUGACUCCGGCCGCCUCCAUCCCUCCGCCGCCAGGUUUGGGAGGAGUUAAGGUCACUCCAGAGUUUCACAUGCCCCAGCCGGCUGAUAAGCUGGAAAAGCUGCUGGAGAAGCUGUUGACUCGAUUUCCGCAGUGCACCAAGGCUCGCGUGACCAUCUGCUUUCUGUUCCCGCGCUCGUGGCAGGCCCCAGCGGCCUGUAAGCUGUGUCUGAUGUGCCAGAAGCUGGUGCAGCCCGGGGACCUGCACCCCAUGGCCUGCUCGCACGUGCUGCACAAGGAGUGCAUCAAAUUCUGGGCACAAACCAACACAAAUGACACUUGCCCCUUUUGCCCAACCCUCAAAUGAUGCUGCCCGAACAAAGCGUCCCCGCGGGAGGAGUUGCUGUGAAUAGACAGGAUCAGUUCGAAGAUUUCUACAGUUCUAUAUUUAUACGACCAUGUAUACACAUGUACAUUUUUAUUAUAUAGGUAAUGUGUGUAUAGAAAGUCUGUAUACAUACAAAUUCAUAAAUAAAGUGUGUAUAUUAUGCA